CGUGACGAGGGCCAUCGGGAAGCGUGAGGGGAAGGCGGCCGCCAUGAGCAAACGGAACCAGGUCUCCUACGUGCGGCCGGCCGAGCCCGCCUUCCUCCGCCGCUUCAAGCGGCAGGUCGGGUAUCGGGAGGGUCCCACGGUGGAAACCAAGAGAGAGCAGCUUCCACUCGCAGAUGGAGAUAGUGACAGUGGCAGUGACAAGGAAGAUGAGCAGCCUCAAGUGGUAACACUGAAGAAAGGAGACUUGACUGCUGAAGAAGCGAUGAAAAUUAAACAGCAAAUCAAAGAGUCCUUAAAGUCAAAUGAAUCAGAUGGUGAACCAGAACCUGCUGAUGGAAAAAUUAUGUUCAGGAAACCAGCCAAACGUUCGUCAGAGAAAAUUUUGGACUUCAAUGUAAGUUCAAGAAAGAAGAUGAAAGAGGCAAAGAAAACUAAGGGAGAAGCAACUACUCCUCAGAGUACAGCUAAGCAAAUAAACAGCAGUCUUCUCUCAUUUGACGAUGAGGAAAAUGAGGAUUAGGAAUUGUAUGUUUUUGUAUGUUAUGUAUCCCUUUGAGGGAUCUGAGUAAGAUUGAGGGUUUGCCUAGAAAUAGAGGCAUGGUAUCAAGGUCUUCCCUUACUUUGUUGUAGUCCAACUAGAGAAACAUAGUGUAAAACUAGCAAGAGGCAAGUCUUUGCAGUUCAGAUGGAACUGUAUGAACAGUAUGGCAUGUCUUUCUUUUAAAAGAGAAUUUAACCAUGUAUGUAAAAACUAUUUGAGGUCAAAUGAGUAGCAAAAUAGACCUGUACGUAUCGACCUUGUAUAAAUUUUCAGUCAAUACAUUUUUAAACAUGUAAUUCCUCUCUCUUUACUGGCCUUAGUUGGCAGCUGUAUGGUUUUUACCUGUUACCUUGACAUUCAAAAGAGAGACACUUCUCUGUUGUGGAACAGAGACUGAAGGUUUCUGUCUCAGAGGUUUUUUGCACAACUUCUGCAUGUGUGGUUUGGCACAUUAGCUCUUUGCAGAGCUCUUGCAGCAACUGCUAAAAUCGUGUAGUCUUAAUCCUGUCUGUGGUGAAUGCCAUCUAAGCAGCAUCAAAUUCACUUGAACGGAUUGUGCUAGCAAGGUACAAAAAUGGUGAUUGUAGCUGAUGGUUAUCAACUAAUGCAAAAGAAAGAUUGGAGAUUGUGCACGUUGGUUAUCAUACUGAUGGGCUCAGUGCUGUGGUGGUGGUUUCUGUUUGUUGAAGUCUGUUUCCACUUGGCUACUUCUGUGUUCAUCAUUAUUUGGGAUCUCAAACAGCUUAUUUAAAAGAAACUGUAUUUAAUCUGUAAGCCUUGGAAAAGCAUUCUUUUAGUUUUCUUCAAGUAGAUUUAUAAACAGGAAAUUUAAGUCAAGGAACAUUAUAGCUGUGAUACAGGGCUCUAAACUCUUUCAGUGGCCCUUGUACAGUACAAUGAACUUGACCAUUUUUGUGCCAUUUAUGUAACAGGAUGUGCUGAAAUUCAAACUAACACUGAGAGCUGAUGGGAUUGGGAAGAAGAAGGUGGUGGGAAUGGGACUAGUGGCUUUGAAAUCAUUUGGGAGUAUGGUUGUUCUGCAACCAUAUAUAAGCAAGGCCUGAGCUUGCUGCAGAAUUACAGGGUACAACAUCAGUUCUUCUGUUGUGACAGGACAUUCCAGAUUAUGUGGGCUAUACAGCUUCAUUGAGGAGCAAAUUAGAAGUUGCUGUGGGAAACAGCUGGUUUUAGUUUGUUCAUCUGUUUUAAACAAUAAAUUAUGAUUUCUUUAAGUGGUCCAAAGAUAUUUUAAUGACAAUUUAAGUACAUAAAGUGGGAUUUUGUUUGUCACCUGAUAACUAAGCCUCUCAUGACUGCUCCCUGUCUCCAUACAUACCAACUUCCUGCAGCAUAAGAUUGGGUGCAAGUCUACAUCCUAUUUCACACUAAUUGUGUUAGUCCUGAUUUGAGAAGGAAUAGAUGUUUUCCUUUCAGAAAAUUAACACCAGACCUAUACAUACAUAUUAAAGUCUUGCUGUAGCACUGAUCUGAUAUUCAGACUGCCAGAGAAGUGCAGUGUGACAGCCUGAUCAUUCCCAUGAGGACAUGUUACAUUUGUAAAUACAUAAUUUAUCUGUAUUCUGCAUAAAUAAGAGAAAAUGUAGGAAGAAGAAACAUAGAAUCAAAGGUUCCCAGGGAUUAAUCUUCAAUUUAUUUUGUAGACUUAAAACUUGUUUGAAUUCAUUAAAGUAUAUAUAUAUGUUUAUCCCCAUGAGGUAUCUUGUAGCAUUACAGUAUACUGAAGGAAUAUUUGGGUAUAUUUCAACAACUGACUUGCUGAGACUCAUCUGAAAGACUGAAUUAACCGCUGGCUGCUUCCUUAAACUCUCCUGGUUCUGUUUAUCAGCACAAAAAUAUACUUGCCUACACUUCUCUUGCACAGCCUGAAAGCUCUUCCCUUUAGCUGUGAGGCAGUUUAGGGGACAUGGCUAUCGAGAGAUAAACGCUUGCCAAGGAUGAGAGGGAAUUUGGAUUUACCUUAAAAUUAGAGAGGGCCUCCCAAAUAUGCAGCUGGUUCAGAAUAAGACUGUGGUCUUGUCUGAAUCUGGUUAGUCAUUGCAUUUAAACAAAACUACUGUUUCUAGUGAGAGACUUGGGAGACAAGUCCAGUAAAAACAGUGUUGCCUCAAGAUAUUGGGUGCAGUGCUUUUGCUUAAUCAUGCUUCUUGCCCUACAACUUCAUGACAGACAUCUGGAAUGCAAAUAAAUUAAUUUGAUUUACUUGGAAAUAAUAUAAUGAAAGGUAUGUUGUUCUUCAGGCAACACAGCAGGGGAAAGAAAAGUGGGUACGGAAACCCAGUUUAUUUCCUUUAUUCCAACUGUGAUUUGUAGUGCUCUGACCAGGAGGAGCCCUUUGUAUUCAUUGUAUUUCACUCCCAGUUCACCUCACAAUAACUAAUUGGAUGUAUUUAUUAAGAGGUGUGAGUGAUGCACAAAAGCAUUUUAGUCAAGUGAAUAGUGUGAAUAGUCAUGUGAAAAUUCAGUGUUCUCAAUGUACCACACCAAGAAAAUUACCCACGCCACCAACUCCCCAUGAAACCUGGGACUAAAGAGAACGUUUACUUCUUCAUUUAGGAAGGAAAUGUGAAACUGUCUUAAGCAAUCGCCUGCCUUAAGCAGUGCAACAUGGAAAAACAAUAAUAGCAAGAACUGUCUAAUAAAGGGGAAGCCAAAGUAAGUGCAUGGAACAUGGGGCUAGGACUGGAAUGGACAGUUCUCCUGGCUUUUACUUUCUCUCUCCCUUCCCUGCUCCCAUCCCCAGUCCUUUUACCCUCCUGUAGUGGGGAAUGUAGAUGUGUUUUCUUCUCAGGGAGUUUGCUCAGCUAAGGGUGAGAGGCCCUCAGUGAUAUGGUUUAGUGGUGGUCUUGGCAGUCCUGGGGCAAUGGUUGGACUUGAUGAUCUUAAAGGUCUUUUCCAACCUGGCUGAUUCUAUUUGAGAGAAGAACUAUGGAGGAGCAAGGUGAAAGUAGCUGAGGCUUGUUACCUAAUACAGGAAUCUUGGUCAGACAUGGCCUGUUAGCUAACAUGGGAAUCUUGUACAGUUUUUAGAAAUAAAAUCUUGGAUAUUUCCCAGUUCAUUAAGACUCCAAGGCAUUUACUGAUGAUGGUGUCAGUUCUCACUCAGCUGAGCAGGAAGCCAGAACACACCUGGUGUGCUGUAGUAGCACUGCAGCAAUGGAUGCCUAUAGUGGAGGCUUUUCACGUUGCACUUGGAUGCCAUCAGGAAAGGUGAGAUGCUCUGUCACCUUUCUUAUGAAGAAACAGGAUCUUUCUCUAAAUUAUAGGAAUUCAGAUGAAUCAUCAAGAAUGCUGCAUUAUGAGAUAGAAAUUGCAAAGACCUGGGACGGAAUGAGCAAGAAAAUGCAUGUGUGAGUGGCCUAAAGAGCUCCUACCCUUGGUUUCAGACAGGGUAGCUUGUCUGAAAAGAUUGGGGUUUUGUUUUCCCUUAAACAAAACCAAAUUUGUUGUACUGCAAAUGUUCAUUUCAUUGGCCUAAACAGGAAGGAAUGAGUCAGAAUUCUAUUCUGAUUGGUUUUGUGUCCAGCACUUUUGCAGGAAGUAUCAUUUGGAGGAUCAAAGGCUGUGUUUUGCAGACACUGAGCACAAGAAGCCUGGAUUUAGCUGUUUUAAUUACACAUUUUUUAAGUUUCAUUACAGGACUUAAUGUCUUUUUUUUACAGCGCUUCAGUAUAUAAUCCUGUUAGGAAGCUGCAGAUUUAUAAUGAAGCAGGAAGUAGCAAUGUCAUCGUUUCAGCUGAUUGUUUCCCUUGUGCUGUAGUGUAUUAACUAAGUGAUGCUUCACUCUGCUGUGUAGAGCCAAUUGCAUCCUCAAGGACAUCAGGCAUGCCUGAAGAUGAGUCAUUAGCUUCGGUACAGCACAAGAGGUAUGAUAUGCAGCCUCAGCAAGUGUUUGUCCAUUGAAGUUGGUUAAUAACGUAUAGCCCUCUCCUGUGGCAGGAUGCCAUCAAUCAAUCUUCUGCGCAUUCAGCAAACAGAAGGGCUGAUGUAUCAGCUGCCUCUUCAGUAUCAUCCCUUUAUUCCCAUUCCUAGAGCGAGGUGUUCCAUCUGCAAAGAGAUUGUUCGUGUCACAGACCUCCCCUUCCACCCCACUUCCUUGAGAGCAUUUCAAAGGUGGCAGGCACAAGGUAACCAUUAAAACCAGGGGAGAAACACCACAGGGUUUUACGUGAGUGACUGCAACCUCCUGUAGGGUUCCUUGAGAUCUUGAGAACCUAUAAAAUCUCAGAGCCAGCCCUUGGGAAAUUACUUCCUCCUGGGGAAAUGGAUGGGACUGCUCAGGAAAAUUGUAUGAGAUGAUUGAAUUUUACUGUUUACCCCAUGAUCACUUUUUGUUGAAGGUAAAGUGACAGCUGGCAAAAGCAGUUUUUCCUCUUAUCACGAGAUGUAAAGUGGCUUUGGUGCCAUUCCAAUCCAUAUGGCAAAGGAUUCCUUUUCCUUGACUCCUGUGGCAGUCCUCAGUGCAAUGCCUGAUUAGUUAAGGCCAUGGGCAAGAGGGAGCUACCUUGUAGAAGUUAUUAGAGGAAGGUGUUGUUGAGCCUCCAUGGGGUAACGGUGAUCACUGCACACUUUUAGGUUUGAUAUCAUGAAAGAGUGGUUCCCUUAGGGACAACACAGUAACAACGAACUUUAAAAGGGCAGAUUAUAAAACUGUGAGGAAAAUGGUUAACAGCAGGCUGAAGGGCAAAGAGAAGUACUUAAAAACCAUAGAGAUCUGCCUGGAGGCUAUUUAAGAACGUUGUACUAGAGGCACAGAUGGUUUGUAUACCUCUGAGCAAAAACAGCGUACGAAGAAGGAUGAAACUCACAGGGUUACGUGGGAGAAAAGCGUGAGUACAGAAAGGUUGAAAACACAUCCCUUAAAGUCUGUCUGAAUGACAGACUAGGAAGUGUUAUCAGGAGAGGGGAAAGACCUGGAAAGUGUCAGUAGUAACAAAAAGACGAUAGGAGCUGCUGACUUUGGAUCCAUAGAUGAAACACCAAAAAGAGUGGUUCUAAUAAUGACCUGAGCACUUUGCCUUUGAAAACUGGGCUACUCCAGAUGAGGCUUCACCAGGAAAACAGACGUGCUCUUAGCCAACAUCUCACUAAGGCCAAAGCAGUCUGCAGUUUUAAUGUGUGACUAGGCCAGGUUUAAAAGUAAAGGAACCCAUUCAAACAUAGUUUCUUUAUAGUAGGACUUUAAUUUCACCUUGUGUUAGAUCCAGUGCCAAAAAUGAUGGCUUUAAUCUUUGCCAAAGAAGGUAGAAAAAAGAAAUCAAACACUCCUAAGAACUCUAAUUUUAGUAAAAGCAAAAAACCCCUACAUUUGUUCUGGUGCAGCUUUGGGCUGGGAGGAGGACUGUGUGAUAAGGAUACAGUGAGUUUGCAGAGCUUUUUUACACCAACGUGUAAUUGGACAGAUGCAGAGUUUUGUUGUCAUGAAUCUGAGAGCAGGAACAUGCUGACUAUAAAUGAGAAGGGGAAUAUCUCAAGUGUCACAAAUGUGAUGAUGCGUGCAAAAAAAAAGUAUCCUUGUGAAAUCAAUGCAAGUUCUUUUCUGAUUUUAAACCCAAGGAAAGGCAGAGGAAGGUCAGAGCAGCUCUUUUGGCAAUACAACCUUGAUGCACACGGUCUCAGUGGGACUAGAGCCAGGCUGGUUUAUUCUGCCCUGGUAAAUUGAAACAAACAAUUCAACUGCCUGAGUCUCUUCUUUUCUCCUCUGACAUGCCAACUAUCCCAAGAGAAGAGAUUAAGCAUUGUUCUCAGCAGUGCCCCAGCAGUAGCAGUUUUAUAAUUUAAGGGCUGUAUAAAAUUUAUGGAGCACUGAGAAGACCUUAAAUCAAUGUUAUGAUUUUCAUAAAUUAUUGCAGGCAGACAAUGUUUGUGCAGAAAGCUGUUUAUCCAACAGACAACAACAUUCAAAAUAGGGAUUUGCAAAGGCACCUGUGGGAAUUACACAUAGAAUCAUAAAAUCACAGAAUGGUUUGAGUUGGAAAGGACUUUAAGAUCAUCCAGUUCCAACCAUCUGCCAUGGACAGGGACGCCUCACCGUACAUCAUGUCACCCAAGGCCCAUCCAACCUGGCCUUGAACACUGCCAGGGAUGGGGCAGCCACAGCUUCUCUGGGCACCCUGUGCCAGCGCCUCAGCACCCUCACAGGGAAGAACUUCUGCCUUAGAUCCAACCUGAACUUCCCCUGUUCUAGUUUGAACCUGUCACCCCUUGUCCUAUCGCUACAGUCCCUGAUGAAGAGUCCCUCUGCAGCAUCCUUGUAGCCCCCUUCAGACACUGGAAGCUGCUCUGAGGUCUCCACGCAGCUUCUCUUCUCCAGGCUGAACAGCCCCAAUGUUCUCAGCCUGGAUUUGUAUGGGAGGUGCUCCAGCCCCUGAUCAUCUCCAUGGCCUCCUCUGGACUUGUUCCAACAGCUCCAUGUCCUUCUUAUGUUGAGGACACUGGAACUGCACACAGUGCUGCAAGUGGGGUCUCACGACAGCAGAGCAGAGGGGCAGGAUCACCUCCCUCGACCUGCUGCUCACGCUGCAUUUGAUGCAGCCCAGGAUACGGUUGGCUUUCUGGGCUGUGAGUGUACACUGAAGCCAGCUCAUGUUCUUUCAAGUUAGAUACUUGUUCCUUUGAGCUACUUAGUGUUCCACUAUGAAUCUUUAAUCA